AUGCCUCCGCCGCCGAUCAGUAACAAGCCUCUGGUCGUUCGGCUCAAGGUUACCACUGCUGGUAUGUCACAAGUGGGAAAGUCCUGCCUUAUUAAAUACUAUUGCGAGGGGCGCUUUGUCAAGAAGUACCUCCCCACGAUAGGAGUUGAUUACGGGGUGCGGGCGCUUGAUCUCGAAGGAUGUACAGUGCGGAUUAACUUCUUCGAUCUGUCUGGGCUUGAUGAGUAUCAGGACAUUCGGAAGGAGUUCUACUCUGACACUCAGGGGUUGCUUCUUAUUUUUGAUAUGUCCAAUCGGGAUUCGUUCACUGCCCUAGAAAAGUACUACGGCGAAUUCAUCAAAUCGUCAACGGGAGCUGGAGCAGGAGCAGGGAGUGUUUCUAUUUACGUGAUUGGCACUAAAGCUGAUCUGCCAGCAGCCGUCUCUGUCGACGAGGCAACAACGUAUGCCUCCCGACUGAAGGGGGUCUUCUUUAAGGUUAGCAGUUGUACCGGUGAUGGAGUAGCGCCUGCAUUAAACACAAUCUUCAAGCAACUCUUUUCGAAGGCAAAGGCGUAA